CUCCUCUGUCUCCCGCUCAUCUUUUCAUUGCUUGCUCCUCUCCUUCGCGCAGACACCCCGGACCUCCCCUGGGCGCCAGCUCCUCGGCUCCAACGGGUCCAGAAACAAGUCGGAUUUUUUUUUUUCUUUCUGGAAAUUGGCUUUGGUGUGUUUCCCUACCUCCCUCCUCCCUCAGCUAGCCCCCCUCCUUUUUUUUUUUUUUUUUUUUUUUUUUGAGACAUGGCCCGGGCAGUGGCUCCUGGAAGAGGAACAAGUGUGGGAAAAGAGAGAGGAAACCGGAGCUAAAUGACAGGAUGCAGGCGACUUGAGACACAAAAAGAGAAGCAUUUCUCUGGCAUCAAGGCAUUGCCUCGCUGCCCUCUUUUCUCCAAGACGGACUGAGGAUUUUACAGCUCUAGGCGGAGUUGAAGCUCUUCAGAUUGUUUAGAUUCCCCCUUUGCUCUAUUUUCCCCGCACGUUCUCGUUCUCCCGCUUCUGCCUGGGGAUCCGGCGAAGGGAGAAUGGAGAGGGGGCUGCCGCUCCUCUGCGCCGCGCUCGCCGUCGCCCUCGCCCCGGCCAGCGCUUUUCGCAACGAUAAGUGUGGCGAUACGAUAAAAAUUGAAAGCCCCGGGUACCUUACAUCUCCUGGUUAUCCUCAUUCUUAUCAUCCAAGUGAAAAAUGUGAAUGGCUGAUUCAGGCUCCCGACCCAUACCAGAGAAUUAUGAUCAACUUCAACCCUCACUUUGAUUUGGAGGACAGAGACUGCAAGUUGGUCCACAUGACUCCUGGUCACUGUUGAAGGUUGCAGUUGAGAUUCUACAAAUGGGGCACAAUUCUUACAGUCUUUUGUGAAGUCUGCAAGAAGAGUCCACAGCUUUAAUUUAAAGUUAAAAUUCCCUACAAAAAUAGAAAAUGCCAAUAACCCUUGGAAGAACAAAUUCAUAGACUUCAAAAUUUUAUGUUGA